AUGAUUCCACGAGAGCUAUCCUUUAUCCACAGCCGUCCUCCCCGAGCUGGUGGGCUGUCAGACAAUGCAGUGGACGAGCACAAAGAUCUAAUUGGCGAUCUAUACUUGACCCAGAAUUAUACUCGAGACCAGGUUAUCGGCUACCUAGAAACAAAUCUAAGUUUCACCAUCUCCCGAGAUCAAUUCUCCAAAGCAACGAGACGCUGGGGGUUUCACAAGCAACGUCGAGGGGUUCUCUCUAUUCAAUCUACGCCGAAUGAGACGACCAGUCAAAGCACGCCUAGCGAAAUCACUAGUAACGAUGCAUCGUGCUCGACCACCGUGGAUCACUCUAUGGACCAAGGUCUCAUACUUACAAAUGAGUCAAGCAAACGCCCCAGAAGCGGCGCAAGCUCCAUCAGUCGCAGGAGUGAUAUCACAGCCCACGGCCCAUCCUCACCUCUUCCUCGCCGCCCAGUGAAGCGACCAAAACCCAGAAGCGAGUCAGGCGACUACAUUGCAGAAUCCUCAUCUGACACACCAAUCAAUAUCUCUACUGAUUCAGAUUUCGUUUCUACCCCAUUGACUGCACAAUCGAGUCCACGCUGCCAGUACACGUACGAUGACAAGCUGUCGGCAGAAUACCUAUCUUGUUGCUAUCGCUACACCAAAGCUUUCGGUUACUACCUCAAGAUCUCGAUUCCUUUUCAAUACAAAACGCCUUCGGCCAAACAGCGACGCGCCAGGAUGCUCGAUAUGGCAAGAACUGCCAAGAAACGAAGAUCUUGUGAGAUCGUAAGGGUCAUGAUGGAAUCUGAGCUCAAGAGGAGCAAGGACCCUCUAAUUGGAGAAGAACAUAACCCUUACCCUUUCUAUGGCGUUGAGAUGAGUCCCAUGCAGUCCUUCCUAUUCCAUCGCCAUCUCGCGCAGAUUUAUGCGCAUAGUGGAGAUACCAGUUUUGAACAGAAACAUCUUGACAAAGCCAGGAACUUCACAAAGGCUUUCGACACACUUGGCCCAGAAUCGAUAGACCUUUGGACAUUGCUCAGUUUUCAAGAAAAGAAGCAUCAUGCUAUUCCAGAGGGUCUGCUGAACUCACUCGAAUGGGACAACAAACUGUUCGCAUCGGAUAUCGAGCGUUGCCUUACACAUUGUUGGCGCACGCUGAGAGAUACUCAGUGUCCAAAGCCCUUCCCAGGCUAUGACAAAGAGAGGUUUGAGGGGUUGAACCCGACAAAGAUGAGUGAUUUGGCUCUUCAAAAGAGGCCAAUGUAUCUUUGGAGGAAAUCCAGUUUCCUAUUUACCCACUUUUGGAAACACAUCCAACUGGAACGUGAAUCUCCUCUUCCGUGGGGUCAAAGCCUUCCUACGAUUUCGGCGACACACUUUUUGAUGAUUAUGAGUAGGAUCAUCGUUCAAAGGUCGCUUCUUGUCUCUGAAACCAACAAUGAUCCACUAGGACUUCAGCCCUCAGACGUGUCACUGUAUUGUGAGAUUAUACCAGCGCUUCUUUAUGAUAACUCAUUCACACCAGGACAUGCUAAAAGGGAGUUUGCCACCCAAUUUGUUGAGCAUUACUCAUGGUGUCCACCAUCUGCUCGCAAAAGUGACCUUGCCAGAGAAGUUCAGACACAUCAGAUGGAAGCACUCGAAUCAGUCUUGGCCACUAGACGCAGCCGCCCAUCAACUCCUACUUCUACUACAUCGAAGGAGGUGACAGCUCUGAAAGAGAUUCCCGGAAAAGCUCGGCGUGCAUCGACUGAUAACGAGUUUUGGGACUGGCUGAUACAGCAGCUAGUCUUUACUGACCAGAGAGAUACCAUCAUACAUGUCGGAGAGGCCCUUUACCCCCCGUCUUGCGGGUCCUCUAGUAUUUCUUCUUAUCUAAGAACAUCUCUAUCUGCCCAUCAUAUAUACCUGAACGAAUUGAAUGGAAACCCUACUAUCGCAAGAUCCUUGGCGUCUCGGUCUUCGCGCUCUUCUCAAGUGUCAGGCUCAAGCUCACUUCAACGGUUCAAAGCAGCAGCGCUGAACAGAAAAGACCAAACAGUUUCAGCUCUGGGGACUGGAAUUUAUGAUCUCCUCCGACUUUUGGAGGAUGGGGAACUAUCAUGGGAAGAUUGCCCGUGGGAUGACUAUUUCCAGUCAUUGGAGCGUCUCGAGCCCAGGAGGGACUUGAAAGUCGCCAUGCCAACUCUAGUAGAGGAGGGAUCGGGUAUACCAGAGGAGGAAGAGGGAAAGUCAACGAUAAGGUGGAAGAUAGGAAGAUUGCUCAAAGGUAAAGCAAAGCAGAUGUAA